AGCAUCACAUAAUCAUUUACACUGAAAUGAAACUAAAGCUAUCUCAACGAAGCACUGUUGAGUUUUGUGCAGAACAAGGCAGCAAAGUUAUGGCCAGAGCCAGCAGUUUCUUAAAAGAAGAGCAGUUUGAGUGCUCCAUUUGUACGGAUAUCUUCAGUAACCCAGUGUCUCUUCCGUGUGGACAUAACUUCUGUGAUGGCUGUAUCGGGCGGCACUGGGAAGGCAAAGAAGUGUGCAAAUGCCCACUCUGCAAACGGGAGUUCAACAAAUCCCUGAAACUCAAUAUAAACACUUUGUUCAGAGACAUUGUGGACAAUUAUAAAGAGGAUUAUGUUGUAAGUGACAGUGAAAAGCCCAGCGGUCCAGAGGACGUACUGUGUGACUGCUGCCUUGAGUCCCGACGCAGAGCAGCUCAGACAUGCCUGGUGUGUCUGACAUCCUUCUGUAAGAGUCACCUGGAGCCUCACCUCAGAGUGUCCUCUUUAAAGACACACACACUCACUGAUCCUGUGCCAAACCUGCAGCAAAAGAUGUGUCCAAAACACAACAGGAUUUUAGAAGAGACCAGCUGUGACCAGACAAAAGUGUGUGUGUUGUGUGCCAAUAAUGAGAAAAAGGGCCAGUCAAACAUGAAGUCAGAAAAACAUGUAUAUUAUAUAAAGAUGAAAAAUUCAAGGAAAACAAAGAGAAACAAAAACAAGCAUGCAGCACCAAGGGUGGAAAAGAUGGAGCACACCAAUGAGACAGAGAGCUUAGAAAAUGUGAAGAUUUGGCAUAAUAAUGUCCUGUACACCUUUUUGCCUCUCCCCUCACACUUUGGCUUCUCCACCGGAAGAGUCUAUUAUGAUGUUCCCAAUGUUGGUAACAGUAGCUGCACAAUAGGAGUAGUUAAUGCAAAAAUGCGUGGUAAUAUGGUUUUCAGUACAAAAACACAUCAGAAAUGGGUUGUACGUUACAAUAAUUUUUGUGAAUGUCCAGCAGGGUGUCCCAUAGAAAAAAAUAAUUUUCCUGACAGAGUUUUGGUGUGUGUGGACUAUGAGCAGGGGCUCAUGUUCAUCGUCCAUCCACUGGAUGGGAUUGUUUUGUUGUGUAUGACUAACUGUAACUUCAAAGGAGAACUCUUCUUGUUUAUAUAUAGAAAUAAAUAUGUACCACAUGUAAAAAACUGGACACCAUGUAAAAAUAGAUCAGAUGUCUUCUUUGCCAUUGUCUUUAUGAUCAUUUUAUUUUAUGCAAUAUUUCAGAAUUAAUACAUUUUUUGUUAAGUGUGAUUUUUAUUAUUAUUAUUAUUAUUUUUAUUAAUAUUUUAUUUGUUAGUAAAAAAUAAAAAUAAAAAUCUGUGUGAUACAUAUAAAACAAA